AUGGCGUCGCAUUCCAGUGGAACCUCCCAAGCCUUCGUGCGGAGGAGCGUCUUCGCGGUCCUCCUCUUGUCGACGCUUGUUUCCGGCGUCUUCGCGGCCAGCGGCAAUGUUUCCGGAACAUCACCGGGCGAGCUCGUGUCACUAGUGCAGGCAGCGUCAAAUGAAGCGGGCGAUCAACUUCAAACAUGUACGAAGGUUAUGGACUUGUUGCUGCUUGUUGAUGAUUCCGCCAGUAUUGGGUCGAGGAAUUUCGAGCAAGUCCGCAAAUUUGUUCUGGAUUUCAUAGACUUGGUUCCCAUCUCCUCUGAAGAGGUUCACCUUUCGGUGGUGACCUUCGCGGACUCACCGCAGGACGUCUUCACUUUCAAGCAACCUCAGGCAACCAACAAGCAACUGGCGAAAGAAGCAUUUAAAUACCUGAGAUACCGGAGGGGGGGAAGUACGGCGACGGACAAAGGCCUUAUACGCGCACGCCGAUACCUCACCCGCCCCGUGUAUGGCACGCGAGCGAACGUACCGAAGGUGCUGGUGCUCAUGACAGAUGGCGAAUCGGACAGGCAUUACGACACCAUCCAAGCUGCGGACCAAGCAAGAGCUGAGGGCAUUUCGGUUUUCGUUGUUGGCGUUGGAAUGGCCAACCCUGUAGAGUGCCGUGGUGUCUGUGGGUGCGGGAGGUACGGCCCUUGUCCGCAGUUUAUCAUGUCCAACUGGAACGAACUGGUACAAACUGUCGAUUCGAUUAUGGGUGAAGUGUGCAAGAAAUUGCCCAAAGAUGCAGAGUGCAGCGAGUGGAGCGAAUGGUCGGGGUGCACAGCCUCUUGUGGCGCCGGCACGCGCACCAAAACUCGGAAGCAACUGUCCCCGCCGCUGGCUGGAGAUCCCCCAUGCGACAACUGCGAGCCGAUGAUGGGCAAAACGUGUGAAGAUCUUGGAGGUCUUGUGAGGGUUGAGGAUUGCAACCAGGGCGAGUGCCCCCAGGACGCCGGCUGUGGAACGUGGGGCGAAUGGACUUCGUGGUCGGCUACAUGUGGGCAUGCAUCGCGCAGCCGUAAGCGCGAGGGAUAUAACACUCCGCCGCCAAGAGGCGCUGGGCUGCUCUGUGAGCAGAAGCGACCUCCUGUUCCCCGAGAGCAAAGCGAGGAGACGGAUUUCGCUCCGUGUCCUCGCAACCAAGUUCCGGGAGAGUGGACGGACUGGUCUGUUUGCUCGGCCACCUGUGGAGGCGGAACGCGACACAGAAGUCGGUCAGGAUCUCCGCAGGUUGGCGAGCUGUACGGGGGACAAACUCUUCAGGAGCAAGGCAUCGAAGUGCGACAGGAAGAAGCGUGCAGCCAGAAUCCCUGCCCCGUCGACGCAGUGUGCGGCGAGUUCGGCGAAUGGUCCGAGUGCUCCAGGUCUUGCGGAGGGGGCGUUUCCGUUCGGAAGCGGGAUCCGUGGAACAACGACCAACAGCACGGAGGCAAGUCAUGCAAGCAGCAGUUCCCAGAAGGCCGAGAGGAGACAAAGGAGUGCAACCCCGAGCCGUGUCCUGUUGAUGAGGUUCCAGGAGACUGGAUAGAGUGGGGCCCUUGCUCCGUGACGUGUGGGACAGGCGUCAUGACUCGACAGAGGGGACCCAGUCGUGUUGAAGCGCGUUUCGGAGGCAAAACAAUCGCUGAGCAGAACGCACGCCUGUCGUCGCCGAUCCUAAUGCAGGAGGAAAAAGAGUGCUCGCCUUUCCCUUGCGGUCCGUGCACUUACGAAUUCGGCCCGUGGGGAACUUGCAGGGGGACGUGCAACGAUGGCUUCAAAAUUCGCCACGCAGCAGUGCGGUUUGAUUACACAGACGCGCCAUGCAACUUACCCACAAUGGAAGUCGACACGUGUGUUCCAGAGGGCUGUUCUGACGCGGGAACGACCGUUCCAGGUACAGGAGGGGAACCGGGUGGUACCGGUGGUGAAAGCCCGAAUGAAUCAACGAACAACACAGGCAACUCAUCAGGGAGUACCAGCGGUGGAGCUGCUGAAGAAACUACCACUACUGACGAAGACAAAGAUGAACAAGGAGGCAUACCGACAGCGGCAAUCGCCGGUGGUGUAGUUGGCGGUGUGCUACUGUUAGGAGCUGCUGCAGGGGGCGGAUACUACAUGAUGGGAUCUGCAGGGGCUAGCGCCGCGGGCGAGGCUGCGUCUGCGGACUUCCUGGGCGACCAGCAAACUGCCGAGGUGGAGGCAGAAGACAAAGAAGAAAUGUUCGGCGUCGACGAAGACUCCGAAAUGUGGUCGGCGUAG